AUGAGAGAUCCAGACGGGGUGAAAAAUGGGCCGAUUUGUGAUUCAAUAGCGAUUAUUGCACUUGAGGAAAAUGACGACGAUGAGGAGACUUUGCCAAUUGUUUUACAUGAAACACAAUCUAAACAUUCGGGUGACUCAAUCCCAAUCAAAUCAUUAAUUAAGGUAAGAGCACAGAAAUUAUCUUUAAUUUUUUCUGAUCGAUUCGAAAGAAGUCACCAUCUGUAAUUUUUAUCUUUUAUGACUCAUAGCCUAUCGAUCUUUCACCCCCCCCCCCACUCCCCUUCAAAAAUUAUUACAAUCCCAUUCAAAAAAAUGUUUAUAGUUUGCUCGCCCGCGUGGAUGGUUCAAUCAAUCGCAAAGUACAUCAUCUGAAUAUUUCUAUCAAAUUCUCACAUCUGAAACUGGUGUUCGGCGAAUUGCUUAUAUUUUAUCGACAUGGGAAUCGACAUCAACGGCGGCUAGAGCAGUUUCGAUUAUUGUCAUUUCACGCAAUUUUCAUGCCAAAGCUUUCAAAGAGAUUCUAUUGCAAUUAUCACAAGAUUUCAGAAAGCCUGAUAUUUCAGAUGCCUCUGAACUUGUACAUUUUUUGACUGAUGAAUUGGUUGAUGAGGGGUGAGUUUGAAUUUUUGGGGAAAUUUAUUGAGUUUCCUUAAAUGUUUUAUCAAACAUUGUGAUUUCAAAGUUUAUGCUUCAAGUAAAUUCAAUCACAUUUUUAAAAAUAAUUUUCAGGAGAUUUUAAAUAUUUACCCAAAAAUUUAAAAAAAAUCAAUGUUCCAUUUUCCAGCUCCACAAUUGAAAUCCGAACCAAAACCUUGAACGUGGAAUUGAGCUUUGAUACAACACCAACAAUCCCAGUUACUGAUAAAGAUGUCAGCAUGCUUUUCAAAAUCCUAGGUAAUUUUUUCAGAUUUUUUAUUUUUAUCAAUAAUGCACUUUCAGGAUUUUCUAACGUUGUGAAGAUUGUGCACGCUUUAUUAUCCGACUGUCGAAUUGUAUUGGUUAGCUCAUCUUUGAUGAGACUUUCCAGAAGUCAAAAUGCUCUUUUAUCGUUGCUUUAUCCAUUCGUUUAUAUGUAAGUCAAUAAAUCUUCUGUUCUUCAUGUGAAUAAAAUUUUUGCAGGCACUCCUGUGUGACAAUUUUGCCCGAAUCGUUGUCCGAAGUUUUGGAUUCUCCUACACCAUUUUUGAUCGGAGUUUUGGGCGAUAUUGUGACUGAAUUUGGAGAGGAAAAUAUUGUGGUUUUCUUGGAUAAUGGAAAUAUUCGUAUACCAAAUGAUAUUGAAAUUCAUAUUGCUGACAGUUAUUAUUAUGAUAAAUUACAACAACGUCUCAGAAAUGUAAGUUUCCCGCUUUUUUUUUUUCUUUAAAAAACCCUUUCCUCAGGUGUUGUUCACGACAACAAGUCAAGAAGAUCUCGCAAUUCCAAAUGAUGAAAAAAUCCCAAUCAAUGAUUUCAUCCUCGAUAAAAAAUUGAGAAGUUGCUUCAUUUUGUAUUUUGCCGAACUCUUGUAUGGCUAUCAAUAUUUUGUGUUGUACACCAGAAUCAAAGGGAAUUUCGAAAAGAAAAAUCCAUCAUCUUUGAGUUUUCAUAUUGGAGCAUUCAGAGGAUUUCGGAAAUUGACAGAUUCUUUGUCGCAGUUUAUUUUGAAUAGCCCGUAUUUUCAAGCGUUCUUAUCAACAAGAGCAAUUCCAAGAAGUAAACAUGAUCUUUUUGAUGAGGUAAACUUUAUUUGUUUUUGAAUAAUAUAUAUAAAUAAAAAUCAUAAUUCAGGUGUCAUGCAUGAAAGAACUUGACCAACUUGCCAAUAAACAUCAUAUGUCAACUUUCGAAACAUCAAAAUUGAUUGAUCAAGUCGCUUGUGAAUUAAUACAGAAAGAGAGAUUUAUGGAAAAAUGUUCUACGACUAGGCAAGAAAUAUUCACAACAUUAUACAUUGAUGAAAAAACACAACUUGUUGAGCGAAGCAAUUCAAUUAUUCAUACAAUCAAACCAAAAAUGCGAAGUAAUUCGAGUCCACAUACAAUGCUACCCACAGUUUCUAAACAUGUUGAUUAUCAUACUAAUCAAUUUGAAGCACAUUCACAUCGUGAUGAAGUUUUGCGAAAUUGUAUUGAUUGCAUUUUCGAUGAUAAAUCUCACGUGGCAAGCAAAUCAUUGAGAGCUGUUACGAUGUCAAUGUCUUUUGCACCUGUUCGAAUUGAGCUGUGUCGAGUUCUCAAUGAGAAAGCGACAAGCCAAUCGCUUCUCACAUCUAGACAAUUUGAUGACGUUUCAACUUUGAUUAAUGCAGCAAUUCAAAGAGAAAAUGAGGAAGAUGAGAAUGGAGUUAUCAGAAGUCUUAUGUAUCUUGCAUCUAAUUUUAAUCGAGUAAGUCAAAUGUUCCAGAGAUUUUAAAUUUGGGGUAGCGCUGAAAAAUAUAUUCAAAGAAACUAUAGGUUCUAGAAUAAUAUUAUGAAUCCGAAUUAUUUCAUUUUCCAGAAAUUGUCACAAGGAAUCCAUCAAUGUAUGUACACAACAAUUCAAAAUCACCGAGUCUGGAAAAGUGUGCAAUUCUGGACGUCUUGCUUUUACUAUGAAGUUCAUGAAACGCUAUUCUCCGACAAACUCAAAAAAGAUAGAAAAUUGGUGAGUUCAGAAGUCAUAUCCAUUGAUUCUAAAAACACAUCGUUUCAGACUCGAAGUUUGUGGUGUCAUACUUUGAGACCUUGUGCAAUGGAAAUGAUUGAUUUGAACGAUGCUGAACAAACUGAACUUGUGAAACAGGAAAAUGAAAUUAUUCAAGCGCAAACAAAACACUUUGCAAACUUGAUGAUUUCAUUGCAUAUUCCAUUAUCUGAAAGUGUAUUCAGUGUUGAGCAAGAAACAUUUUUAAUUCAACAAGAUAAAGCAAAAUGGAUUGUUUGGACAUUAGAUUCGAUUUUGAGUGCAACUGGAAGAAUGUGUAAUGUUUCAAGAACAGAUAUUCAAACAUACGUUGAAGCACAUAUUGAAACAAUGCGUGAUGUUUAUAAUGAAGUUGCCGCAUUUGACAAUUCAUUGAAGAAAAACAGUAUUGAUCCAUAUCUCAUAUCCAAAUCAGAAUUUUUGAUCUGCGAUCCUGUUACUUGUUAUCUCAUCUCGCCAAAUAAUGAGAAUGAGGUGACAUUUGAAAGCCUUGAAAAAAUUCUGCCAGCUGAAGGAUGUCUAUUUUUGUCCAAUUAUCGAGUUAUUUUCAAAGGGAAAUCUAUGAAUCUUGAUGUUACGAAUAGCACAGUCAUUCAAACGCUCCCUGUGUUUUCAGUUGAUAAUUUCAAAAAAGUUACAACUCGCAAAAUCAUUCCAAAAGAAUUGAAGGUAAUUUUAUCUCGAAAUCACACGCAAAAAAUUUUUUUUUUCUUUACAGAAAAUCAAAAUCGAACAUGUUAUUGCGAUUCGAUCACAUUCAUCAUCAACAAUUACUGUUGCUUUUGAUGAUGAAGAAGUCAAUAAUAUGGCGAUUGAGAAGUUUUUGGAGGUUUUGGAGAGUAACAAGAAUGGAAGUUUUGCUUGUUCCAACUUUCGAAAAGAGAAAGUGAAUGGACCUAGCACUCCGAAGUUUGGAACUUUGAAUGCGAUUAGAAAACUUGAGAGUAGGUUUUUCUGUUUAAAAAGGAGGAAAUACAUUUUCCUUGAUUGAUUCAUUCCUGGUUAUUUCUGGAGACCAUCAAUUAAAGGCCUUGAUAAAUCGGUCUCUGAAAAUGUUAAGAUUUUUCUAAAAAAAUUUUUAAAAAUGUUUCGUCUUACAAUUCAAAUAUAUAGCAAAAAAAAUUCCAACCACAAAAACAAACUAUGUAUUUCAGACUUGACCAAACGUAAAGUGGAGCCGAGAAGACUUCGAAGCCAUUCGGCACACCGGGGAUCUGUAAAUUUCUCAUUUGAUAAAAUCGGUCAGUUACCCUGUUUUCCUUACCAGCUAGCUCCCAAAUCAAAAAUAUCACUUUUUCAGAAGAUUUGGGAACUCUAAAAAAUAGCUUCCACAUCCGAUAUGCUGUGACUGAUUAUCCAAGACUUGGUUUGAAUGGUCGAGGUGUUAAACUUCGCUUAUCUUCAGCCAAUUCGGAUUAUUCAUUAUGCGCAACUUAUCCUGCAAAUUUUAUUGUGCCAAGUGAAACUAACGAGAACGAGUUGUCGAAAGUUGCCAAAGGUUUUGUUGAACAUCGAUUGCCAGUUGUAACGUGGAUGAAUAAAUCAGGAGCAUUGUUGAUUAGAUCAAGCGCGUUUGAUACAAAUGAAGUUGUCAGGAAAUUGAAGGUAUAUUUUUUCAAAAUCGUGAACGUCUUGUGUAAAUUGUAUUUCAGAAAGUUGUUCAAAUCCGCCGAACUGUUCCAAAACUGUCAUCAACAUUCAAUGGAAGUGAACAAACUCUCAACUCCAAGGCUAGCAGCAAUGAUGACAAUUCUUCCAGUAUUUUCAGUUCUGGUGAAAUUCGAAGCUCCGAAGUACAAAUGAAUUAUUUUGUGAAAUUGGCGCAAUCGUCACCAAGAAGUUAUGAACAUAAUUGUAACGAGGAUUAUUUGGAAACACAAAGUUGGUCAGAAAAGUAUGGAACAUUGACACAGAAAAAACGUAAGGAUUUUUAGAAAUUAUGUAGUUACGCAAAAGUAAUCAAUCAUUUUUAGACGAUAAUUCUCGAGAUCGGAAAACUUUGUAUGUGUUGGUUGAAAAAGGGACUCAUUUGAAAUUGCCAAACGAUGCUCAUGCUGAAGUUGUGAAUGUGAAAGCGAUUAAGGAUUCGGAAUUGAAACGAGCACUGCAUCGUGUGAAACAAAUUCAGAAUAAGGAUUUUGUUGUGGAUGGGAAAGUUUCGUUUGUUGAACUGUGGAAUACAUCAAAUUGGCCACAUCAGGUUUGCAUUUUUGAUAGAAAUUCUGAGUUUUUUUGUGAAGUCAGUACAAAAUUCCCAAACUCUCAAUUUUUUCAGAUUUCGAAAAUACUUGAACUUGCCAACUCUGUCACCGCAAUUAUGUCACUCUACAAUUCUUCUGUCGCAAUUUGUCUUGAAACUGGAAAAUCGACAACAACUCUUAUCACUUCAUUAGUUCAAUUAAUGAGUGAUCCAUAUUAUCGAACACUGGAAGGUUUUCAAACACUGAUCGAAAAAGAAUGGCUAGCAUUUGGACAUUGUUUUUACAAAGAUUCCGAAACUCGUUCACCAUACAUCAUUUGUUUUUUGGAUUGUGUUCAUCAAAUCAUGAAACAAUAUCCGAAUUCUUUUGAAUUCUCUGAUUAUUUUCUGAGAUUUAUCGCAUUUCACACAACUUCUGGAUAUUUUCGAACAUUUUUAGAGGAUUGUGAGGAGCGUAGAUUGCAAGCUGAUUUGAAUGAUUUUCAUAUUCCUGAUGAUUUGACACUUAUCAAUAUUUGGGAUUAUAUUAUGGCAAAAUCAAAAGAAAAUCAUCAAUUCAGAAAUGGCAGAUAUUCAGCAACAUCUAAUGAAAUUCUCGUGCCCUCGAUUUCUCUCACAAGAAUCUCAAUGUGGUCAUUUUUCUCGGAAGUUUUUCUGAAAUAUGGAUCGGAAUAUGAUAUGGAUGUUGUUGAAAAUGAGCAAAUGCGAGAUGAUGAAUAUAUUGCACCAAAAGGUUCUCCUCAACAAGUUAUAAAGGAAAGAGGGUCUAUCGAUUUUUCAACAAUCGAUUUUGAAGAAACAGAUCCUACUGUGAAAAAUAUUCAAUUCAAUUUUAUUUUGAAACUUUUCGAUAAUUCGGAAAAGAAAUCAACACAAUCAACGCUAAAUGGGUGAGUUUCCAUUUUUUUUGAGCAUCUUUUCAAAACCAAUUCAAUUAAUCUACCAAUGUUUUUCUAGCGCUGACGUAAAUCACGACCUUGUAUAUUAUUCGGCUGGUCCGACAACAGUACAAUGUUGCGUGUGUUCGAAUGUCAUUACCAGAUGGAACAGAUGUAAGUCACAAAGAAAUAUGGUCAUUAUAUGAAAAAUAAUGUCUUUUUUUAGCUAUUCACUGUAAAAAAUGUAAAAUCUAUUUGCACGAGGGAUGUUCGACAAAAGAAGCAAAAUUCAAUGGAAUUAAUCAUGUGUAUAAUAAUAAAUUUUCGAUUGAUGAAAGUCAAAUGCCGAAAGAUGCGAUUGUCAUUAACACUGAUCGUGAGUUGGUUUUUCACAUGAGUUAUCUGAUAUCAGGUUGAUAAUUUCAAAUCUGCAAUCAUAACUGCUCCAUCCGCCCUUUUUUCUGUUAUCUCAUAAUCCACCAACAAAUCUAAAACGCUAACAAAAUCUCAAUUUUCAGCAGAGAGUCGCGAUACAACCUUGGACACACUGACAAGAGAUUCAACAUCGCCACCAAUUUCUACAGUAAUCCCACCGUUGUGCACUGGAUAUUUGAGCAAACGCGGAGCAAAACUCAAAUUAUGGGUUCCCCGAUAUUUUGUGGUUUAUCCGGAUAUUGCCAAAGUAUUCUAUUUUGAAGAUUUCGAUCAAUGGAAAAGCGGCGAAAAACCAUCGGGAUCAAUUGAUCUUUGCGAUUUCAGUGGUUUUCAUAUUGAACCAACUGGAAGAAGAGCUAUUAUUGAGGUUUGUGGAUUUAUUUGACAAUAAGUUUGGCCAUCAACAUCAGUAAUAAAAUUUUCAGCUUCAAAUGCGCAACAAAACGUAUCGUCUUCUUGCUGAAAAUUUGAAUGAAGCAAAUCGUUGGAAAGAAUGUAUUGAACAGGUGCUAUAA